GUCAGUAUUUUCCUUUUCUAAAAAUUUUAUGUUUGUGGUUUUUUUUCAGUAGCCUAGAGGUUUCCAAAGGUUUGAAAGCAUCAAUUACAGAAAUAAUGGAACAGAGAAGGACAUCAGUAGAAGAAAGGAAUGCAUGUUGGGUAUGUUUUGCUACUGAAGAGGAUGAUAGAGAUGUAUCAUGGGUCAGACCAUGUAGAUGUAAAGGUACAACUAAAUGGGUACAUCAAAGCUGUUUACAAAGAUGGAUAGAUGAAAAACAAAAGGGAAACAGUACAACUAAGGUUGUUUGUCCACAAUGUAAUGCAGAAUAUUUGAUUAUUUUCCCCAAAUUAGGUCCUGUUGUUUACAUAAUGGAUAUAGCAGAUAAGAUUAUAUAUAAAACAUGUCCUUUUGUGGCAGGUGGAAUAUUUAUUGGAUCUGUAUAUUGGACAGCAGUAACUUAUGGGGCGGUUACUGUUAUGCAGGUUUUAGGACACAAAGAAGGAUUAAAUGUAAUGGAGAGAGCAGACCCACUGUUUCUAUUAAUAGGACUACCUACAAUACCAGUCAUGUUAAUAUUAGGUAAAAUGGUUCGAUGGGAAGACUAUGUAUUAAGAUUAUGGAGGAAACAUUCAGCCAAAUUACCUUUAUUACAUUAUUUAUUCCCUGAUGAAUUAUCUCGCUAUACUAGAGUACCUGCUGAAACUGUUCCCUUAUCAGACCCUAUCUCAGCUACUAGAGUGUUAUGUGGGGCUCUAGUCUUACCCACUAUAGCUACUAUUGUUGGUAAAUUAAUGUUUGGUUCCGUACAGUCAAAUUUCCAGAGAACUUUAUUAGGUGGUAUUGCAUUUAUAGCUAUUAAAGGUGUUUUAAAAAUAUACUACAGACAACAGCAAUACCAUAGACAAGCCAACAGAGUUGUAUUAGAUUUCCCUGAUGAUAUAACAACUGGUACAGAUAACUCCACACAGACAGCCCCUACAUCUUAA